UCGACACUCAACGACUCGUCUCGCUUGCCAUUUUCCGUUUCAUCGUCCACGUCGCUCUCUCUCUCUCUUCCUCUCUCAUCCCUUUUAAGGCCUUGCGUGCAACCUUUGCGUUGCGCCACAGAGAGCGCUUCCCUCCGGCGAUCGUUGACCGAUGGAGACCGUCCCCUCCGACGAUGACGACGAGGAGUUCACCUCCGAUCUCCACAGUGACCGCUGCGGCACGUUCAGCCCCAGUGACGACGUCAGCGAGUCCGACUCCUCCACCUGCUACCUCCCCUCCGCCUCGUCUCCCCUCGCCCCCUCCCUUCCCCCGCAUUUCCUCUUCUGGGACCGCAAGCUGGAGAAGAGGCCGUCUGAUUUCUCCGAAGUGGAGCUGAUGAAAGAACGAUUUGCCAAGCUUCUUCUCGGCGAAGACAUCUUCGGCGGAGGCAAAGGAGUCUGCACCGCUCUUGCUAUCUCAAAUGCCAUCACCAAUCUUUCUGCCACCGUGUUUGGGGAGCUCUGGAGAUUGGAACCUCUGGCGCCGAAGAAGAAGGCAAUGUGGCUGCGGGAGAUGGAUUGGCUGUUGUCUGUGAGUGAUUCCAUUGUGGAGCUUGUCCCUGCCGUGCAAGAGCUCCCUGGUGGGGGCACCUUUGAGGUGAUGGUCUCGCGUCCUCGGCCUGACCUCCACAUGAACCUCCCUGCGCUCAAGAAGCUUGACGCCAUGCUGAUUGGGAUGCUGGAUGACUUCACGGACACUGAAUUCUGGUAUGUGGAUGGGGGGAUUUCAGUUGCUGAUGCGGAUCAGGAUAAAUGGUGGCUACCUUGCCCCAAUGUCCCACAAGAAGGCCUGUCUGAGGAUGCAAGGAAGAAGUUGCAGCAAUGCAGGGACUGUGUCAGUCAGAUACUUAAGGCAGCCAUGGCCAUUAAUAGUGGGGUGCUUGAGGAGAUGGAAAUCCCUGAUGUCUUUAUUGAGACCUUUCCUAAGAAUGGAAAAUCAUGCUUGGGUGAGAUAAUAUACCACCAUAUAACAGCUGAACAAUUUUCACCUGAUAGCCUUCUGGAUUGUUUGGACCUUUCAUCUGAACAUCAUACUUUAGAAAUUGCAAAUAAGAUUGAGGCAGCAACUCAUUUAUGGAGGAUGAGAGGUCAUAGUAGGCAUUCGGAAGUGAAGGCAAAGAAAUCUUGGCGGGGGAAGGUGAAAGAUCUUGUUACCGACACUGAAAGAUGUCAAUUUCUGGCAGAGCGAGCAGAGUGUCUUCUGCAAAGCUUGAGGCUCCGGUGUCCUGGACUUCCUCAGACAGAUCUUGAUAUGAACAAGAUUCAGUACAACAAGGAUGUAGGGUACUCUAUCCUUGAGAGUUACUCCAGAGUCAUGGAGAGCUUGGCAUUUAACAUCAUGGCAAGAAUUGAUGAUUUGAUCUUUGUGGAUGAUGCGCCCAAAAAAUGUUCGACUGCCGAAGCAGUUUCUAUAUUUAACCGGGGAGGAUCAGGACUGCCAGUUCAAAAAAAGAUCUUGCCUAGUCCCUUCUCAAUUCAAAAUACACCUCGCACCUCACCUUUUGCAGCACCUACACAUUGUUCAACCUCAGUAAGUGGAAGCCCUGGAAGGCUGCAAGCUUCACUGAGCAAGAGAAAUAUAUUACAUCAACCAGAGGCCAAGUCAGGGAAGAUCAACUCCGGUCAUCUGGAAAAGGUUUGGUCAUUCACUGGCAACGUGAGUGCCAGAAAAGAUGCAGAGGAUGCCCCCGAAAGGGACUGACUCAACAAAACGUUUACAAAUGCAAAGCAUAGAGAAUGCAACAUGACUGUUACUCGUCUGGUUGAUGCUUUGCUCUGUACAGAUGCACACUUUCAGAUAUCAGGCUGAUGCCGGGGAUUGUCUGAGACUAGUAAGAAUGAUGGCUCUUUAAUUGGAAGCAAUUGACGAUUUCAAAUUUUGUAGUUUUGUUUAAGACAGUGGUAGUUUUAUUUAAUGCUUAGUUGAUCCUAAUGGUGCACAAUUGGGUUUCUGUAAAUUUCUUUUAAGAAACUAUGAACUGUUUCUUCUUUUGCGACUUGUACUGCAGAGUAAAGGCAAAAGUAAGGUUGUUGAAUUGUGUUUGUUGUAGUGCAAUUCCGGUAGCCGGAACUGAUUGUAGGGAAGAAGGUUGUCGUUGAUGGGAGAGGAGAGAUUUCCUGCAGUAAAUUCUCUUGAAUUCAAA